GCUGCCGCCUCCGCGUCAAGGAUGGGCAGAAGCAUUCAAACAUGGCAACGGGCAAUGAAUACGUUGAAAGCGAAUGACGCGUUCUGUUGAGCGGAGAGUGAAUCCAAGAAUUUAGAGGACUUUGAAAAAGCCUUGUCACCCAUCAUGGAUUAUUUGCACCGGGAUCGGAUCAUCAAGUAAGAACAAGCGAGAACAAGCAAGAGCGGGGGGGAGGGUCACCACAGCCACUGGCAGGCACGAAGAAUUCGCACGAUCGAUUGAUUUGCCAGAGAACUGACCGAACGAGCGGGGGGGUUGUUGAUUCGCCAUGAAAUGGAUGGCACAUCAAUAUCCAGGAUCCAUUCAGUGCUCGGAGCAAGGGUUGAGGAGAGAAUGAAUGACUCAUGAGUUCCUCAAUGCCAUAAUUAUAUUUGAGGCAAGAAGUUAGUCUGCCCUCAUUGAACCACCAGCAUGGAGACCCACCUCAUCGUCUAGUCAACAAGGCGGCUAUCGGGGAACAAUACAAACGAGUAUAUUCAUACUUGGGGGAUUUGAAACGCAGUAUGGCCGAAUCCAUUGUAACCAAUGACCCUUUGGCCUUUGGCCUCUUUCUCAACGAGACUAUGAGAGUGGAGGAGCUCACCAUCGAUCCGGAUAGUAGUCAAUUGCGGGUGGCCACAUCGGAAGCUGCAGCUGCCAAUGACACCAACAUAUCCGAGUACUUCUACCAAGUGGAGCAGUUGACGUUUCUGUGGAUACUAUUCAUCCUGAUUGUGAUUGGAAACGCCACCGUGCUCAUUGCGCUGACUUUGUCCAAAGGCAGGAAGUCACGGAUGAACUUUUUCAUCAAGAAUUUGGCGGCCGCCGACCUUUGCGUGGGUCUUAUUUCAGUAUUGACCGACAUCAUUUGGAAGAUCACGAUCUCGUGGGAGGCCGGUCUUGUGGCCUGUAAGAUUAUACGCUUCUCCCAGGCCGUUGUCACGUAUGCUUCCACCUACGUCUUGGUGGCCUUGAGCAUUGACCGGUACGAUGCCAUCACCCAUCCCAUGAAUUUUACGGGCAGUUGGAGAAGGGCCAAGAGUCUAGUCAUCGCAGCUUGGGGCUUCUCCCUAGUCUUUUCAGCGCCGAUUCUGCAUUUUUACGAGACCACGGAGACGGUCAAUUAUGGAACACAAUGUUGGAUCGAUUUCGACAAGGCCUGGAAAUGGAAACUUUACAUGACCUUAGUCUCAGUCACGUUGUUCGUCAUUCCCGCCUUCCUCAUAGCGGGUUGCUAUGUCAUUAUUGUGGUCACCAUUUGGAGCAAGGGCAAGGAGAUGGCCCCCGGAGGAGCGUCCAACGCCUUGACCGCGUCCAGAAGCAACGGAGGUGCUUGUGAGGUCCUCAUCAAAAAGAAACGGCGAAACAAGAGCCGUCGUGGGACUGACAGGCAAAAGUCCUCGGAUGAACCCGAGAGUCGCCGAGCCUCAUCCAGGGGUCUCAUCCCUAAAGCCAAAGUCAAGACCGUCAAGAUGACCUUCGUCAUUAUUUUUGUCUUCAUCCUGUGCUGGAGUCCCUACAUCGUGUUUGACCUCCUCCAGGUGUAUGGUUGUAUUCCGGAUAACUCGACCAAUCGAGCCGUGGCGACAUUCAUCCAGAGUUUGGCUCCGCUCAACUCGGCGGCUAACCCUCUCAUUUAUUGUCUGUUUUCCACCAAUGCCGGACAAAACUUUUGCAACUUCUUUGGUUGCAAGAAGAAGGCCAAACCAGGUAGCAGUCGCGGUCCCAGUGGUGGGGGUGCAAGCUCAGGAUCGAAUAACACUCGGUCCACGAAUUUUGACUCGUCCUCGUCAAGUCAUAGUCGUCACGCUGCCAUGAACAAGAAUAACUCCGUCACCUCGUGGAGAACAUCUACUUUAGACGAGAUCUCCUCGGGCAGCAGAGGGGCGACUGCCGGAGUCAUUGCAGCUGCCAAGCCCGCCUCAGCAGCUCCGAGGCCACGCCCACAUUUCACAAGUUCCGCCUCGUCUGAGCGUUCGCGGAGGUCCAUCCUCGUAACGAAUGACUUUUGAACCGCAUUCCUCCGAACAAUUGUCAGCUGAUUUUACCUAUUUCACCCCACACCUCGGAUCGAUUUACUGGCUUACGAUAUCCGCUGAAGGUGAAUGUGAUUCCCCGGAAAAUAGCUUGUCGGCUUGCCGAGAAGACUCUCGGACACAAGAUAUGUUCGGGUCAACAACCAAAUCCUGAUAUGAUGGAAAUGCACUUCACACUUCUUCUAUCUCAACAAAUCCACCUUUAAAGCCAUUGACCAGUUCCUAGAAGCCCAGUCAUACCCUAACAAGAGAGAAAUCCGAGGUUAGAAUUCAACCCUGGUGUACCACGAUAUCACUAAAAAAAUCCAUCAGUAGCAAAAACCUAUAUUUAUAACAUUGCAGCAAUUGUGAGCACAAGCAGUUUCUCUUAUGUACAAUUUUUCAUUGCCCUCGAGCAAAUAUUCCUCGUCGUAAAAAAAGGAGUUCUUUUUAAUAUUCACACAGCAUGACCACACCGUUUACAAGCGAUCUUUAAACUUGGAUUUCAACUUGAAGUAUGUAUAUCAUAACCUCUUAUUGACCGAAGUCAGUUCAUAUUUCAUCUCAAUUCUUGUCUCUGUCAUAUUUCAUACAGAAAUAAAGUAGCUACCGUGACUCGA